CCGCCCGGUGCCAGGCCCCGCCCGCCGCCGCCUCCCCGUUAAGAGCCGCCCGCCCGCGCGGUGUGGGGCCGCCCCACUAUGCUGCCGCCCGCGCUGCUCCGCCUGUGCCUCUGCGCGGCCGCCGCCGCCGCCUCUUCGUUCACCCUCCGCGGCGAUCACCGCCUGGCCGGGCUGUUCCCGCUGCACACCGAGGCGCACCGGGACGAGGCCAGCCGGCUCGUCCGCGGCUGCGACGAAGCCGCCUUCAAGAGCCACGGCUUCUGCCUGUCCCAAGCCCUGCGCUUCGCUGUGGAGGAGAUCAACAACUCCACCACGCUGCUCCCUAAUGUCACCCUGGGCUACGAAAUCUAUGAUACCUGCUCUGAGACUACCAACUUCCACGCCACGCUGUGUGCCCUUGCUCAAAAGGGCAGGCAGGAUGUCCAGGUGCUCCCCAGUUUCCAACACUAUGAACCCCAGGCUGUGGCUGUCAUUGGCCCUGACAGCACCCAGCUGGCCCUCACCACAGCCGCUGUUCUCAGCCUCUUUCUUGUACCACAGAUCAGCUACGAAGCCUCCACGGAGCUGCUGAGCCUGAAGCGGCUGUACCCCUCUUUCCUGCGCACCAUCCCCAGCGACAGGCAGCAGGUGAAGGCCAUCUUCUUGCUGCUGCAGCACUUUGGCUGGACCUGGGUGGCACUGCUGGGCAGCGACAACAUCUAUGGCAGAGCAGGCCUGGAUGCCCUGCAGGAGCUGCUGACCGCAAGCAACGCGUGCGUGGCCUACCGAGGCACCAUCCCCGCCAACUCGGACGCCAGCAACCCGGAGCUUCACAACCUGGUCCAAAUCCUCACAGAUGUCAAGGUCAAUGUCACUGUUGUGUUCUCCAGCAGAGGAAGCGUUCUGCCGUUCUUCGAGGUGGUGGUCCAGAGGAAUGUCACGGGCAUGGUGUGGGUGGCCUCUGAAGACUGGUCGUUGGCUCAAACUAUCUGGCAGGUUCCUGGCAUCCAGACCAUCGGUUCGGUGUUGGGGAUGGCAGUAGAGAAGCCAGAGCCCACGAUGCUGGAACGCUUUGAAGCUUGGAGGAUGUGGGAGGAAGGUGCUGUGGCUGAGUGUGCCAGCAGUGCAGAGGCAGGCAGGGAAUCCGUGGGGAAUGCACGGCUGGACUGCACCCAGCGCUGCACCGGCUGCCGUGCGCUCGCCACUGUCCCCGACAUGUACGACGCUCAAGGCUCCUUCAGCGUGUACUCGGCCGUGUAUGCUGUGGCCCAUGGCCUCCAUGACCUGCUGGGCUGUGCCUCGGGGGCCUGCAGCAAAGGCACUGUCUAUCCCUGGCAGGGCUCCCCCUCAGCCCCGGAGGAGGCGGCGGUGGGUGGCGGCGGGCGGGGGGACGGCGACGCCGAGCCCCUUCCCGAGAAAAAAGUGCUGCGGAGCAAAAAGAGCCCCCCCGCUCCGGGAAAGGCGCCGGGGAGCAGAAAAGGUACAGCGGUGCCGGUCGAGUGCCCCACAUGUCAUAAAACCUUCCUCAGCAAAUAUUACCUUAAAGUGCACAACAGGAAACACACUGGAGAGAAGCCAUUUGAGUGUUCCAAGUGUGGCAAAUGUUACUUUAGAAAAGAGAAUCUCCUGGAACACGAAGCCAGGAACUGCAUGAACCGAUCGGAACAGGUAUUCACGUGCUCGGCCUGCCCGGAGGUGUUCAAGCGGCGGAUGGAGCUGCGGCUGCACAUGGUGUCACACACUGGAGAGAUGCCAUACAAGUGCUCCUCAUGCUCACAGCAGUUCAUGCAGAAGAAGGACCUGCAGAGCCACAUGAUAAAGCUUCAUGGUGCACCCAAGCCCCAUGCGUGCUCAACCUGCUCCAAGUGCUUUCUGUCCCGGACAGAGCUGCGCCUACACGAGGCCUUCAAGCACCGCGGAGAGAAGCUGUUUGUGUGCGAGGAGUGCGGGCACAGGGCCUCGAGCCGCAACGGCCUCCAGAUGCACAUCAAGGCCAAGCACAGGAACGAGCGGCCCUACGUGUGUGAGUUCUGCCACCACGCCUUCACGCAGAAAGCCAACCUCAACAUGCACCUGCGCACGCACACUGGCGAGAAGCCCUUCCAGUGCCAUCUCUGCGGCAAGACCUUCCGGACACAAGCGAGUCUGGACAAGCACAACCGGACGCACACCGGCGAGCGGCCGUUCAGCUGCGAGUUCUGUGCGCAGCGUUUCACAGAGAAGGGGCCACUGCUGAGGCACGUCGCCAGCCGGCACCAGGAGGGGCGGCCUCACUUCUGCCACAUCUGUGGGAAGACAUUCAAAGCGGUAGAACAGCUGCGUGUCCAUGUUCGCAGGCACAAGGGAGUGAGGAAGUUUGAAUGCAUUGAGUGUGGCUACAAAUUCACACGGCAGGCUCACUUGAGGCGCCACAUGGAGAUCCACGACCGAGUGGAGAACUACAACCCUCGGCAGCGGAAGCUGCGGAACCUGAUCAUCGAGGAUGAGAAGGAUGUGACGGUGGUGCUGCAGCCGCCGCCAGAGCUGGAGGUGGGCUCAGCCGAGGUGAUCGUGGAGUCGCUGGCCCGUGGGCCACUGCCUGAGGAGGUCCCUGCACAGAAACUCUGCUCAAACGAGAACUUCUCCCCUGCAGACGUGAUUGAGCAAUCGCUGAUUAUAACUACCACGAUUCCUGAAGACUGUGAGACGUAGUGUGGCCACCCAUCCCCUUCCACUGAAACACACUAAAGCAUUAAGCUGAGCCACUUUUCUGCCACACUUGUUCUUUUGAGCCUCCUCCCCUCCUUUUCUGCUCAUCUCCAAUCCCAGGCUGCAGGGAAAGGAAGUCACCAUGAUGUUUUGGUGGAGUGUCAAAUGAAGAAAUGUCUCAGAACAGUCACUCCAGUGUCCCUGUGUGGUGUGCAGUGGGAUGGACCGACCUCCCUGUGUCAUACUGUGACUCAUUUUCUGAUGCCUGAGGAGCUGGUGCUGCCUUCCCCUUUCCUCCAUCCCUCUCACCCUGCCUGUGAUUAAAGCUCAGCUUCCCCCACAGAGAGCGACUCUGACCAUUCCUUAACUCCUCUGUUUAACUGGUGCCUUAUUUCUCCUUUGUUUUGUUAAGCUUUUGUCAGUUGCUCUUUCCUUGUCCCAUUAAAGGCAUAACCCAUGUCUGCUCACUCCAGCAGCUACAAAGUGCCUGCGCUCCUGUGCUCACCUGUGGGGACAUACUCUGUUCCAAAUAACCCAAUCCAGGGAUGCUGGGAGAGAGAACCACAGCCUGAGUGGUGCCAGGGUGGGGAGAGAUCUCUGUGUGUACCCCCACACCCCAGAAUUGCAGACGUACUCUCUCCCCUUUCUCCCUCUACUCACCAGGGAGGCAGAGAGGCUCCAAUUUAAGCAUAUCUGGAAUGAGAAACUCCCAGUAAAAUCUCAUUCCAGGUCCCUUCCCCUCACAGAGAACAGAAUUGUGUAACAAGUUUUAUUUAACUUGACUGCUGCAAGUAAAUUUAAAAACAAACUAUGAGAAUAAAAAUACAUUAUCUGCAAAUGUAAAA